AUGGCUUCUUUUGAACAAGACAGGCUAAGUCAAGCAUUUCAAGAUGCUUUUGAGAUACAGAGGCAACAUUCAACCGGUGAUCUUCAGUAUCACCCAGAUUACAAAAAUUACCUGGCUUUCAUCAACCAUUAUCCUCAUGUCAGAGGAACUUCCCACUGCCGCGGAAUGUUGCCUGCAGAGGACCCUGUCUGUAAUCAGAGAACGGUGAUAAACAGUGCCGCAGACUACUGUUGUGAAGGCAAUUUUCAUGAAUCUGUACAGAACAUAGCUGAAAACCAGCUGGUACAACCUGCUCUUCUCCGGCACAGAGGGGCAAAAGGCAAGAAGCUCCAACUUUUCACAUAUACUCUUGUAAGAUACCUUCACAAAUCCCUGUGUAAUCCUGAGAUGGCAUCUUGUAUUCAGUGGGUAGAUAAAACCAAAGGCAUCUUUCAGUUUGUAUCAAAAAACAAAGAAAAACUUGCCGAACUUUGGGGAGAAAGAAAAGGCAACCAGAAGACCAUGACUUACCAGAAAAUGGCCAGGGCACUUAGGAAUUAUGGAAGAACUGGGGAAAUCAUUAAAAUCCGAAGGAAGCUAACCUACCAGUUCUGUGAGACUGUUCUCCAAAGAUUCUCUCCAUCUUAUUUCUUGGAGAAAGAGAUCUUCUGCUCACUGUAUCUUCCACCUGAUCAAGAAUAG